AUGUCUUCAACUUACAAUGUGGAGAGGUUUGCUUCUUCAAUUGACUCGACAACAGUGACCAAGUUGGAGAAAUUCAUCCACGACUUCUACAGUGCUUCUGAUACUCCACCACCUACAUCGACACCAGAUCCUUAUCUUGAAUAUUUUACUGAGGAUGCAUACCUCAAAGUAGCAUUGAAUGAAGUCAUCGGACUUACGAGAAUUCAAGCAUUACGCCAGGGGUUAUGGGUCAGGGUUAAACAGAUGAAACAUCAAGUACAAGAUGUGGCUCAAUUGAGUGCUACAGAGUUCUUAUGGACAGGAACCGUUCUUUAUUUACUUGUAAAUGAUAAAGAGUUGUUAACAGAGUGGUCUGCCUAUGCUAGAUUUAGUGAUAAUUCAUUGACAAAAAUGUGUUUCUACCACGUAUACUUGGACUCUUCACAGUCAAAGGCUGCAUUAGCAGAACAAGCAUGA